UUACCAGGUCCCGGACAGAGAUUCCCCGCCGGCACCAGGUGAUCGCAGAGUAACAGUGACAGGGGAGAGCACCAACAAGCUGCUUUGUAUUGCUCUGCAUAGCAGAGCAAUACCAAGCAGCAUGUUUUCCUAGUAAAACACAAACCGCAUACACAGUAAAACAGCACACAGCACACACAAUUACCAUUUGAUUGCCCUAGAUGUUAACCCCUUCCUGCCCAUUGUCAUUAGUACAGUGUCAGUGCUUUUUAUUAGCACUGACCACUGUAUUAGUUUCAUUGCGAUGUCAGUGGCAGUUAGUCAGUUCCCCCCCAGUGUCAGAAUGCCCGCCGCAGUCCCACUAU